GAAGGCAGUAAAUGAGAGAAAACUACGUAAAAGUUCUAGUGAGGAUGUCAUUAGCAAUGAACUCGUCAGUUCUCAUUAAUAUAUAUUGAAGUUCCUGUUUAUUCAGUAUUAUUAUAGAGCCCGACAUAACUCUACUAUGAUUCCAAAACAUCCUGGUAUACAUUUCUUGGUAAUGCCCUUGGCAAACUUUGUUUUCACCAAGAUUAUAACAAGAAGAUGAUGCAGGCGAAGGCCUACUAGCUGUAGGCCUAUACUGGAUGCAAUUGUCCUACCUCGGAUCAUUUACGUGUAUUUACGUUGAGAACGGCCAAUAUUACAUGCAUGCUUUGUUGACUUUUUUAAACCUUUUGGCUUAAGAAAUAAUUGGAUAUAGACCUGUAAUAUUAGACUAGGGUUCCGCUAGACCUAUAUGUAACAUUUAAAAUCACUGCACAGAGACAGGCUAGGCCUAUAUUUUAAAAUGAAUCUCCGAUAUAGGCCAAGGCUUACGCAUAUCGGUUCAACAAGCCCAAUCAAUUGCAUUAUAUAGGAUAUCCUCCCACAGGCGAAAUAUCGAACAACUUAGCCUACAAGGAACAUGCAGAGUAUCGACUGCGGAAUAAAUUGCUUGUAAAUCCCCCCAACAUAAGCCAUAAUGUGCUGCAUACAACGUCGGCCCCGACAAGACACGCCAAACUUUUUUUGUAACCAAGCAAAGUGACAGGGGAGGUAACUCGUCCAUGACGCGCCACAACACGCUUGUGCGUCGCCAGGGGAAACGUUUGCAUUCACAGCGGUGAUAAAUGAGGCGACUUGACGAAGGUCGUUCACUUUAUGAGCUAGAGCUGUGUUGGGACAUUUGACCUGAUUUUCUUUUUAAUAUACGUUACGCAAAGGACAAACCAUCAUUUUUUAAAAAAAAGUCUCAGAAGAUUCGGCACUGACCUGUUGCACUGAAGUUUUUGUCUGCACAAUGACGACGAUCGGGUCUGAGAAGCUCUCCCAGGAUCGGCUGUUACCGAUGAAUAUGCCGAGCUAUUCCUUUAACUACCCAGGAUUCAAACGCGUGCAGUUAGCAGCCGUGAAGGAGGGUAUCUUUCACCCUAACCUGCCUAGUUUUCGUCGGAUGGACAUGGAUGCGGCUCGACACAAACUUCCUGAUGAACAUUGCCGCACCACAACUACGAACGGACCCGGCGAUUUCCAGAAGGCUACAAGCACCUUAUUUACCCCGCCAUCUAAGAGGCUUUCCAGUUUGGGUAUCACAGAAACUGGCAAACAGAUACAUCGCUAUUAUACAACUCCGGACGAACUCAAGAAAACCCGACAAGAGUGGUCAGAUUUCCUGAACAAAUCCCCAGAGAGAUAUAACAUCAGGCUACCAGAGUUACCCGACAGUAAAGAUUUUCACUUCACUGGUUAUGCCGUUAGGUACCUCCGACCCGAGGUGACUAAAUCCUGGAAGUACACCCUCCGCCAAGAACCAAUGUUGAGCCAGUAUGACCAGAGGCCCAUUCCAGCUAAUAUCUAUGCACGAUACCGGGACAGCCACCCUCAAUACAGCAGGAAUAUUAGUACAGAAGCCUGGCGUAACCCAUAGGCAGAGAUUCCACUAAUACAUCCGAGUACAGGGGUGGGGCUUGGGUAUAGGGAUAGGGAUAAUGAUGUAUAUUCAGUCGAAUUUAAGGAAGUGUUAUAAAGAAAAGUAUCAGUUGAUCGAAAUCCACCCGAACGUUGUUCAAACGGUAAACCUCUUCGCUCACUUAAAAUUUAGCCUGGUGAAAAAAAGACUCUUUCUUUUCGCGUUUUUUUGUCUUUCACCAUUGGUCAUAAUGAAAUUCAGUAUUCCACACGAUGCCUAAUAUAAAGCGUGUGGAUCGAUUUACUGCGAGUGGUAAUAUUUGUGUACUCUGCUUUGUAUUGAUUGUUUCGUUUUUUUACUUUUUAUUAUUAUUUUUUCGUUGAUUUAAUUUUGGGCAGAAAUGUCGAAAAUUUCGCGAAGGUAGUUCAUGUUAGCACUCUUAUUAUGGUUGAAGCAAUGUUUGAAAACUUUACCUUCAGAGAUUUGCCCUGCUCAAAUGUGAAACAACAUUAAGCUUAAAUGUAAAGGUAUAGGGUAAGCAAUUUUUGAAGGGUAAAGCUUAAGUGGAAGGGAGUAUAGUAUAUGUUUAUUUAUUUUGCCUAUUAAGUCUUAUUUGUUCUGUACAUGCAG